AUGGCUUUACAUAUACCAAAAGCACCGGGAGUACCCCAAAUGUUAAAAGAUGGAGCACGGAUGUUCUCUGGUUUAGAAGAGGCAGUAUAUCGGAAUAUAAAUGCGUGCAAACAAUUUGCGCAAAGUGUGCGUUCAGCCUAUGGUCCCAAUGGCAUGAACAAAAUGAUCAUUAAUCAUAUUGAGAAACAAUUUGUUACUAGUGACGCCGGCACCAUUAUUCGAGAAUUAGAUGUUGAACAUCCAGCUGCUAGACUUAUGGUAUUGGCCAGUCAAAUGCAAGAUUCAGAAGUAGGAGAUGGCACUAACUUCGUUAUAGUCAUGUCUGGUGCUCUACUUGAAGCUGCAGAAGAGUUAUUACGCUUGGGUGUGACUACAAGUGAAAUUGCUGAAGGAUAUGAAAAAGCUCUUGAUAAGUGCCUAGAAAUACUUCCAGAACUUAUUUGUCAUGAAAUUAAGGACUGCAAGAAUAUUGACGCUGUUGUUGAUGGUAUUAAACCAGCAAUAAUGUCAAAACAAUAUGGAAAUGAAGAAUUCAUUGCAAGUCUUGUAGCUAAAGCUUGUGUAGCAAUCCUACCUGAAAAAACGACAUUUAACGUGGAUAAUGUUAGGAUAUGUAAAAUACUUGGAGCUGGACUUUUACAAUCAGAGGUCUUAUCAGGAAUGGUAUUUAAAAGGGAAGUUGAAGGAGACAUCAUAAGUGCAAGUAAUGCUAAAAUAGCGAUAUAUUCUUGUCCAGUCGAUAUUACUCAAACUGAAACAAAGGGAACCGUUCUUAUUAAAUCUGCUGAUGAGCUUCUUGACUUUAGCAAAGGAGAAGAAUCCCUCUUAGAAAAACAAGUUAAGGAUAUUGCAGAUACUGGUGUCAAAGUAAUAGUUGCUGGUGCUAAAUUUGGUGAUAUGGCUCUUCAUUUCCUGAACAAAUAUGGUGUAAUGGCAGUGCGUCUUAAUUCUAAGUUUGAUCUACGUCGCCUAGCUAGAACUGUUAAUGGAACCGUGCUGCCAAGAUUGACAACACCUACUGCAGAAGAGCUUGGUUACUGUGAUACAGUGAGAGUUGAUGAAGUUGGUGACACUAGAGUGGUUGUAUUCCGUAUGGAAAGUAAAGAGUCUCGCAUUUCUACUGUUGUUAUUAGAGGUUCAACUGAAAAUUAUAUGGAUGACAUUGAAAGGGCUAUUGAUGAUGGUGUUAACACUUUUAAGGGUAUUGCUAGGGAUGGCAGAUUUGUUCCUGGUGCAGGAGCUACUGAAAUUGAACUGGCUCAUCAACUUUUACAAUAUGCUGAUACCCUGCCAGGACUAGAGCAAUAUGCUGUCAGGAAAUUUGCUGUUGCCUUAGAGAGCAUUCCCCGUGCUUUGGCUGACAAUUCAGGAGCUAAUGCAACAGAAGUUAUUAAUAACAUCUAUAAAGCUCACAGGGAGAACAACAAAUAUGCCGGAUUUGAUAUUGACUCUGAGAACAAUGGUAUCUGUGAUGCUAAAGAUAAAGGGGUUUUAGAUUUAUAUGUUUUGAAAAACUGGGGCCUUAAGUAUGCAGUUGGUGCAGCAACUACCAUUUUAAAGGUUGACCAAAUUAUCAUGGCCAAGAGAGCUGGAGGACCGAAACCUAAAGCAAAGGCCGGAAGUGAUGAUGAGUCU